GAUAAUUGGACAAGUGUCAAUGGAUCAACCAAAUUGUAUCAAAAAUAUUCUCUUUGUUGCGAUAGAAUAGUGAGAUUGAAGUAACAUGGCGGAAAGGGUAAUGGAGAAAAAAAGCAUCUAUCAAGAUGACAACAUGGUGCAAACUUCUGAAGAAGAGUCAUCGGAUGAUACCAGUGCAUGGGACAGCGAUCCUGUGACCCAGAGGCAGAAGUCAAGCAGACAAUAUCACCCAGUCAGGGGUCAACCUGAAGAUGUUAGUCAGUCUGGUGGCAGCGACGAGGACGAUCCAGACCCCAAUUCCAACAUGGAAGGAAAACUUGAAAAUGGCAAGAUGUUCAGGGUUGGUCUGGAUAACGGAGAUAAGCGAGAAGCGGGUCGAGAAAGGAGGAUGGAAGGCAGAAGCGGUUUGAGGGAUGGUGGAGUUAGAGCUCAGAUAAAUGGUGGUGGACAUCACCGGAGCAAUCGUGCCAGUGGCAGUGAUGACCUUGACGAUGACCUUGAUAAUGGACAGGAAGAGGAAGAUGGAAGCACAGCAUCAGAAGGAGAUGGAGAGGUGCAUUCAAAUGAGAUAUCUUCCAAAGUUUACAAGGGACAAGAGCAGUUUGGGAGGGAAGACAAGAAUGAUGAUGGGAUGAAGGAAGAUCAAGAGGAGGAAGACAUUGAAGAAAUUGAUCUUACCAGAGAACAUCUUCAACAGAAUUUCUUGAGGAUGAAUAAUGGAGAAAGUCAAUUCCAGCAGUCAAGGGUGAUGUACCUACCCUCGUUUGGAUUCCUGGGACCCACUUCCCUUGGUCCGACAUCCCUCGGUCCUACCUCACUGAAUGCUGUCAUGGGAGAUCUGUUUGCUGGUGCCCCAAGUUUGGACAUCAAUCAAUCUGAUUCAGGAAGCAAUUUCACUGGGAAUGACCAGGACGAAGGACUCUACAAUGACUACAAUAUUGAAAGUCAAAGUUGCAAAGAAGGAAGACCUAGAGAAGAUGAUGAGAAUCUUGGUGAGCUAUUUACAACCCUUAGGCUUCAGCAUGAAGAACAAAUGAAAGCCCAGCAGGAUCACCAUAGAAAACAGCUUCAAUGGCUCAAAAACCAACUCAUCACUGAAAGAAAUGAUGAGAGCUUUCAGAAUGGUGCUGUUGAUCAUGGACCUGCUACCUCAGGGGUCCGACCACACGUCCAAGGUGCCAGUACAGAGGAAGGAGAUAGUGGCGAAACACAGUCUCAAGACGUAGACUCCGCACAUGCAUCAGGCCAAGUGAAUUUGGAGGAGGUGCCACUCCUUGACCAGGCAGAAAACAACUCGGAGACCUCCACUUGUGUGUCCAGCUCUCUGGACAUUACCCAGAUGACCACGUGGUCAGAUGUUCAUGGUCAUAGGCAGUCAGGAGAGGCUCAUAGAAACCUACAUCAGCAAGCAGCUACAGCAACUGAGGCAGCCAUACUGGAGGAGAUGCAGCGUAACUUUGAGUUGGAGCAAGCUGCCUUGCAUCAGGAAUACCAGUCCCAGGUCAACAGAUUACAGCAAGAGUGGUUGACCCAGCAACAGAUGCAGACACACCAGAAACAACUGGUUGAGGAUAUGUUGCAGCAACAAGAAAAGAGGUUGCAACAGAUGACGCAACUUCAAAAAGAUGCGGAAGAAACCAGUUCCAUCUAUUCAGAUUUUACUUACUGGAAGCUGGAGGAAGGAGAUACCUACAAGGACCUACCCCAUUCUAAACCGAGGGGAGGGCAACCAUCCAUGGAGAGGGACUCCCUGCUGUCAGAUGAUGCACAGAACACCCCUCAGGAUGAAAUGGUAUCAUCCAAGCAUUUGAAUAAGAACUCAAAUGGAGCCAAGCUUGUGGAAAGUCCGAGGACAUCUUCAAAUCGCAUCGACCUUCAGGAGAAGUAUUCUAGACACAUCGCUGACAUGGAGGCAUACUAUGAGGGAGAGCUUGAGGAUCUUCGUAAGCAGCUUGCUCAGGCCAGGCUAGCAUCAUCUGCCAUCGGGAAUGGUCAUGGGGAAGAGCUGGUGGGAGCGGAUACGAGCAAGCUCUAUAGGCAUUGCCAGCAGCUACAGACCAGCCUCGCUGCUGCUAAUAGUCGAAUACAGGAUCUGGAAAAUACAGUGAAGGCGCUGGAAUCCAGAUUGUUGGAAUGGCCGGACAGGUACAGUCUUGCUAAUACCAACAUUGAGAUCCUUCAGAAGAGAGCUGACGGCCUUCUUCACUUGGUCAAACAAAGAGAAGAUGACUUCAACAAACUGGAUAGAGAGAAUAGGAAGCUACAGUAUGAGCUCCUUGAAGCUCAAGAGCAACAGCAAUCACAGCAGAAUGAAGGCAAGAGAGAUCAGGUUAUGCUGAGUAAGUUGAUAGCAAAGCUCACUCAGCUGACUGAGCAGCAUGAUAAUACACAGGCUGAGCUUCUGAAGGUCCAAAUGAAACUAGAAGAGGCAAAUCUCUCAAUAACUGAUCUGAAGAGGACAGCUGUCAGGCAGGAACUGGAGAUCAGACAGCUUGAAGGUGAAAAGAAGAAACUCCUCAAUCACCAUGACGACCUUCGUCUCAUGGUGAGUCCUUUCCCCACCAGCCCCCUUCCAUCCAGUACCCGCCUCCAAAGUGGGAUUGGUGAAACCCAGCAGUCGGUGAAGAAUCUCAAUGGUGUGAACAGCUCCCUGAGGAGUCCCAGUGAAACAAGACCAAAUCUAUCAGAGGGCAGUCCACAUCAUGAUGCAACAUCUGCAAAGAGCCCAUCGAGUGUAGGAGACAGUCUGCGUCUGAGUGUGGAAGACAGGAAGUUCCUUCGAUCAGGAGCAAACUACAAUAUAUUGACCGGAGGGUUUUCAGGAGCAAAGGCUCCUAGCAUCGAUGUUACAAACAGUACUACUGAGCAACGUGAUGUCAUUUCCCCAAUUCAAGCAAUAACCUCACCUCGCGACACACUUCAUGCCCCCUUUGACUCUGACCUUGAAGAGCGCCCUCUUUCACCAAUGAUGAAAGCAGCAGCACAGUUUGAUAGAUGGCAGAGCAGUGGCAAGUCACCACGCAGCCAGUAUAAGUCGAGUCAAUCACCUACAGUGCCAGGCAUAAGUUCCCAUUUGAAUUCUACUGAAAUCCCUGUCAGAGAUUUACCAGUAAGGAAGAAUGAGACAAAUGUUGACCAAUUAGUGUCGUAUAAAAAGAGGACAAAGGAUGAGAAGAAUGGUGGGAGAAGAGACAAGGGUAGGCAAAUUGAGAGUAAAGAUGAAAAUAUAGGACUUAGGGUGAGAGUAUCUGCAGCACCUGUUCUUGACAAAGAGAAGGAGAGGUCCGCAAAGACUGCUUCUUACAAGAAACUGUCGACAAUCGCAGAUAUCAUCCAACCUGGAAAGAAUGACUCCAGUCUCCAUGUCUGGGCCUUGCACCAAAGUCCAGACACUGCAAUGUCCAGUAAGACCAGGAACUCUAAGGCAAGCCCGAGGCAAGGGGUAGCGGACUCACCAAGUCAGGCUGCAAGGAAGAACCUUGCGAAGUAUUCCCUCAAGGAUGGAGGUGGAACGGGAGGAAGCGAGAGGAAGAAGAGGACAAGCCCCAGGAGGAAUCUGUCAGCCAGCUUCCAAGCUUCGGAGAAGAAAAACAAGGAUGGGAUGAAUCUGAGGAAGGGAGAGAUGAGUAGUAAAUCAGUCCAAACACCAGGUGCUGGUGAAGACUCUCUUGAGGCGACGUUGCAGAAUGUAAGGGAGGGUCAUGUGAUCACAAGGGCUGACUGGGAGAAUGGAUUUGCAGAGAGCAGGUUAGCUGCUGACAAGAAUGCCAAAAGGAUGACAUCCAAAACGGCAGAGACGCCAGAAGCCAUUUUAAAAAGGCUUUCUAAAGAGAGUAAGAAACUAGAUGACCUCAUGUUAGAGAAAAGAAAGUUGGAGAGUGCCUUAUCUCAUCUGCCAAACUCCGGACCUGCUAAUGCCAAGAGAAUUGAACAACAGGAAAAACUUGAGGAGAGGCUAGACCAGGUGACAAGAGAGCUUGGAUCAGUCCGCAUGCUCCUUAGGAAGUACAACGCCCUCAAUAUGUCAUUUUAGACCAGUCCGUCCGACAAACCACACUCCUCAUCACUGGCAGUAUUUGUUCUUCUACUUCCACACACAUCCACCAUACUAAUGUGUUUACAUUAGAAGUAUGUGGCCAGUAUUAUGUUGUGUGUGAGGUCAGGUGAUUACUCUGUAUCUGGUCAGGUGAUUGAUUGUGUAUCCAGUCAUAUGUUAUAUUUUAUCACACAUGGAUAACAUUAUUGGUAAAAGCCCUUGUCCAGAUAGGUGUGAGUCAUGACGGAGGGUUACGGAUAUCCAUGGUAUAUACAAUUAAACUGCAUGGUGGCUCAGUGAUGGAGUACUCUCCCUAGGAACAGAAGGUCAUCAGCCUGACCCUUGGCUGAGAAUUGGUUGCAAGGCGACAUUCUUUAGGUCAGAUCAUCACCUAUCUGUCAGGUCAAAACAUGAACAUACUAAAAGUAAUCUAUUAAAUCAUAUUUUGUACUUUUUUUAUAUCUGAAAAAGACUCAAAACAAUGGUCACAAACAACAUGUGUAUCAAAAACUCAAUAUUUUUUUAGUUUUCUGUUUUCUAGAAAUACUAGAAAAUAUUAGAGCUAUACUCAGAUAGGUCCAUUACAACAGUUGUAAGAACUAAGUUCAACUCCAUAAUUUUGACAUAAUGCUUCAUGAUUGUAAUGUAUCAAGGCUGUUUAAAAUCCAUUUUUCAUAAGUGUCACGGGCUUCAUAGUUCAUACCAAUGUAAACUCUCCAGGUGCGAUUCGGCUUGAAGCGGGGGCUGGUUUAUAAGGUGCAAUGGGAAUAAUCCAAUCUCCACUUACCGACUUUAGGCGUGUAGAGGUCCGACAGACAAUCCAAUAUAACAAAUUGUUCCAAAUAUUGCACGAUCCCAAUGACACAAAAUCACCACAAGAUUAUAUCACAAAAAUAACUUGGCUAGCACAAGCGUAUUUGGAUUUCUCUUAGUGUAAAUGACGGAGAAAUAAGGGUAGUACACAAAUUUGAAAUGAUGCGGUGGAAGAUGAAAUGCUUGAAUUUUCUCCAAGUGAAAUGAAGGAGAUCCACACAAGUAUAUAGUGAUUUGAUGACUUUCUCAAAAACGCGUGUUUACUGGAUAAGAAAACUUUGAGAAGUGUUCGAAAAGAAAGUGGUAGCUUUUCAUCCCAAAAGAGAUGCAGGAUGCAAAAACAAUGAACAAAGAGAGAGGGGAGAGAGAGGUACCAAUUCGGAGAAUUUAUGGUGAGUCACAGGUGAAUGUGCUCUGCUGAGGGUCAUUCUUGACCGCUUGUUGACAUGUUUAUUAAACAGGGAGUGGAAGUAACUGAUAUCGAAGGGUAAUGUCCUCUCAAAGGUGAUGAGUAAUAGAAGGCAAAGUUGAGAAAUGAAAUAGGAUGAAAUUUGGAAAAUACUACAGGCUCGAGCCUAAUUACAACUUUCUUAUCAUUGGAUAAUCAACUGAAAAUGCUAUGUUGACUUGCAUAAUGAACGAAGACAAAUAUUUCACUUGCUGGUACUAGGGCUUGCUGUUUCCCUCCUCUCCACAAAUUGAACAGUGAUACUUUCUCUUGACCAAACUUGCUGCUCGCAAGGCAACGCAGCUUCGGGGAUGUAUACAUCCAAAGAAACCAGAGGACAUCUCGCAAGCUUUCCUCAACUGUACUUCUCCUUGAAGCACAAUCCCUGAGAUGACGAAACAGUUUGUUUGCUGCCUCACUCCCUUCUCCAAUAAGAGCUCCAAUGCUGCCUGGGCCAUCUGGGUUAUCGAGGAUUUCUUGCACAUGUUCAAUCACUUUGUGCAAGUAAUUUUGCCACAUAACAUAACCAAAGUCAUCUAGCAGUUCUUGGCCCAUCUUCACUGCAGUGGCCUUAUAUUUGGUGACCUUGUCUCGAACUGGCUUAAGAGCUCUGUAGACCUUCCUAAGUGAUCUGAAUUUUUCAAGUACAGAGGAUAGAUGAUGCCUCAUCUGAGCUGAAGAGAUGAGUUCAAGGAAGCAUUCCUCAUUCUUGAGAUCGAAAAGUUCUCUUGCAUAAUUGCCUGGCAUCAUUAGGGUUGGUGCCAAGUCAAUUUGGGAACGAAUGUGGUCAUUGAGCCUCUUCUCGGCAUCACUAAUGUACACUCUGAAAUCCUGAUUCUGUUCCCAUACUUGUACCCCUGCAAUCUCCCUGAUGACAACCUUCUUAAAGACCUUUAAAAAAGGAGACCUUCUGCCUUGUAGGCGGUUGGCAUGGUAAAGGGAA